AUGGGACUUUUCGGUGGCGUUCCAAGUAGAGUCUCUACUGUAUCUGAAGUUCCAGAACAAAAGGAUAGAUAUCUUGAAGAUCUCCCUCCAAAGUUUGAAGAUAAUGAAACUACAUCAUACCAAGAAGAUCCAACGUAUACCAACGUGCUAUCGACAAUUAAAAUGUCAGAUUUUUCACCAAAUAAUAUGGUCAUGAUUCCAUGUUUCCGUGAUGCUAUGUUGACCGGUUUCCUGGCAAUGGGUGUAUUGGGUGUUGUUACUCUCUUGAUUCAUAAAAAUGCUGGAAAGGCUGCUAACUGGGCUGUAGGUGGAUUCUUCUUAGGAAACAUUGUUGGAUGGGAACAAUGUAGAUCUAUACGAAGAAAGGGAUUCCAAAACAUGGAACGUGCACGUCAAAUCAACCAAGAGAAGAACACAAAGAAAAUAGAGGAAGCUGCACAAGGAGACGGUUUAGGAACUUGGGAAAAAUUAAACAACAACUCCAAGAAGGAAUAG